GCCCCGCUCGCCCCCACUCUGCCCGGUCCCCCGCGGCGCGAGCCUCGCACCUGACGUGCCGGCCGCCCUCGGUCGCCUCGCUGCCGCACUGCCGGUUCCGCGCCGACGCCCGGCUCCUUCCGUCAGUCCGGCCGUCCCCGCCGUCCCCGCCGUCCCCGGACCUCGCUCGCUCGGGAGGGCCCAUGGCCCGGCCAUCUCUGGGCGUCCGACCCCUUCCGCGGUCUCCGCGCCGCGUGCACGCUCUGCCCCAGAUCGCGCGCGGCGCCCCCGACGCCCCAGGACCCUCCCCCUCUCAUCCUGCCGCAGACCCUCCUCCCGCCCUCGACGGCUUCACGGCCGCCUCCGCCCCGCCGGGCGGUGCGCGACGACUGUUUCCCGCGAUGCUGCCGGCACCGGCGAGGAGACCUGGCCCGGCCACGCGUCCGGCCGUGCGGGAUGACGGACACAAGCUCAUCCCCUUUGCCAAGUGUUCCAGGGUGGUCCGCCGAUCGGCACCCCCCGGCUUGUCUUCCCAGAGCCCCAGACUGAUGCCUCAGCGAUACGGAGACCUCUUCUGGGAGAACCUUAGCCAAAAGCCCAGCCCCAGCUGGAUGGAAGAACAGUACACCCCACCCCUGCAGAGAGCCACUGGAUGCUCCCAGCCUGGCCUGUACCCCCCUGAGGGGCUCCCACCACCGGAGCUGCUUUGCAGAAGAAAGAGAAGGAGGCCCCCUUUGGCAGGAAUGCAGCAGGGACCUGGGGGCAUCCCAGCCCGGGUGAGGGCAGUCGCUUAUCACCUGGAGGAUCUAAGGAGGCGACAGAGACUCAUCAAUGAACGGAAAAAUGCCCAGUGGGGCAGCUCUGGGGCUGCAUCUGAGCCCCUGGCUCUUGCCCAUGACCGCGGUGGAGUCCCCAGAGCCACCCAAUACCGGGGUCUGGAAGAGGAGAGGGCUGCCUAUCCACAGGAAGAUGGCCACCCUCUCACCAGUGGCCAGCCCCAGCUGCUCUGGUCUCCCUGGAGCCCCCUGGCCCAGGGCGGGUCUUGCUUCCCCAGGCGGCUGGGCUCCCUGGCCUCCUACAGCGCUGUCCGGGCUAGCAGGACGCUCCUCUGCAAGCCCUGGGGGAUGGAGGUGCGGUCUGAGGAGUGAUGACUGACGCCGUGCCCCCGCUGCCCCCCGCUGCCCCCGCCCCGCGGGCCCCAGGCUGGCUGCGGCCCUGGAGCUCCCGACUUGUGACAGCAAGGCGUUCCCCCUCCUUAGCGUCUCCCAGCUGCCCCCACCCCCAGCCCCCUCGGCCUCUCUGGUCAACCCGCCCCUCGCGGGUCUUCCCGGGGCCGACUGCCCGCCCCCAGCCCCCA